CGCCCCGAGGAUCGCGGAUCUCCGCCGACCUCCCCAUGUCACGGCGGAGCGGGCCGCCUCCGAGCCGGCCUCGAACGCCUCCGGGGCCGGACGGGGCCUCUGCCCGCAGCCUCUCCGGGCAGGCAGCCCGUUCCAGCAGCUCGCCGCUCUCCCGCUCAGGAGAGCCCGCUUGCCGCAGGCCCGCUCCCAGAAGGCGUCCCUGCCCGGAGCCCGCUCUGACGGCAGGGCGCGGCAGCCCCUCUGUGACGCGGCCUGAGCUCACAAUGGCACGGCGCGCGUCGCAGCGGUGAGCGCCGCCUCGAAGCUCGCCGACCCCCCAUUUCCCAGAGAGGCCGACGAGGCUCCGGGCGCUCGCCGAGGAGCUGAUCUCGCCGCCGUGCUCUGGAGGAUCCGCCGUUCCGUGAGGAGCAGUAGGCAGAGAGAAGCAGGAGGGCAGGGGCGAAGGGCUGAGGAGGAGGGCCGUUUGGCCGGCCGGCCGCCCGCCGCGGUCGUUGACCUGCGGCGAGGGGGGAAGGAAGAUGGCGAACUCCCUCUUCUCGAGACCCCGCUCGACUCCGACUGCGGAGAAGAUCCGCAAGUCUGAGCUCGCUAAGUUUUGGUUCAGCACAUCCUAUUAUCUCGGCCGACAGCUGGCUCUGUACCAGGCUGUGAGCAUUCCUGAACUGGGCGCUUUCACCCUUGUCAGAGAGCACGUGGUCAACCAGCAGAACAAUGUGGUUCUUGUUGAGAGACCCGUGUUUCAUCUGGCAAAGGCUCUGGCGCAGGACCACGACCUCCGAUACGACUACAUAGACGUUGCAGGACACGACGAGUAUCAGCAACUUCCUUAUGAUGAGAUAGCCUCGGAAACCGGCAUCUCUGAAGGCGCGGCGCGGCUUUGCGUGCAAAGGACCGUCUGCCAGUUCAGCGCCUGCAUAGGGAAGAGGCAGAACGUUGCCUUCGUUUGGUGGGAUGUUGGCAUGCUGCUGAUCGAAGGGAAGCGUGUCCAGAUGAAGUUCUACGAGGACUUCCUGGGGAAGCUCAGUGGGACUGCCGAGGUGCUGCAGGCUCUUCUUGGGAUGCCAGAAAUGAGCAAGGCGGUCAUCUCACGCAAUGCCUGCGCGGCUUCCCUAACGGCUUCCGGACACGUUACUGUCUUUCCAAUGUACACGCACGAGAUCGAACUUGAAACGCCCGACACAGCAAAGGUGGACCUGAAGUACCACGUGAAGACCAGACGUGGGCAAGGCUGGGCAAUAGGCAGGAAAGGGGACCUUUGCGAGACGCGCCUCCUUCAUCGCGCAGCGCUUCCUCCAAAGAGGUUACCGCCACUGACUGGAAUGCGGGGCAGAGACCAGGCAGCCGAGGAGAAAGAGCCUCGCACCAGGCAGCUACCGGCCAUCCCGAGGAGAUCCUUGCCAGAAAAGGAAGAGCAAGCGAAAGUAGUUCCUCUGGUGGGUCCCAGGAUGGUGGACUUCUUUGCCAUAGCGAGGGAGAAGAAGAGAAUGGCCGACCUCGAAGCAAAGGCUCUAGAGACCAAGAAAGGAAAGGUGGUGAAGGGACAGAAUGUGAGGAAGGAGGAGGAGAAGGGGAAGAACGUGAGGAAGGAGGGGGAGGCGAAAAAGGUGAAGGAGGUGAAGCCAGUGAAGCCAGUGAAGCAGGUGAAGCCGGUGAAGCAGGUGAAGCCGGUGAAGCCGGUGAAGCCGGUGAAGCAGGUGAAGCCGGUGAAGCCGGUGAAGCCAGUGAAGCAGGAUAAGCCGGUGAAGCUGGUGAAGGAGGUGAAGCCAGUGAAGCCGGUGAAGGAGGUGAAGCAGGAGAAGAAGGUGCAGGAGAAGAAAUUUCCAAAAGUGACGCAGAAAAGGCAGCAGCAAAAGUUGCAAGGGAAGAAAGCAGAAAAAGGCAAGCAGCAAAAGUCGCAAGAGAAGGACACGGAAGCUGAGCCGGAAGAAGUGGAGCUGCCAGCGGCCCAGGAAACCUCUGUCACCGAGGAAGAAUACUCAAUCUCUCUGUCUGGGAGCGAGACAGAGCGUUCCAGCUCCACCCCCAGCCUGAGGGAGAGGAUGAUGGGGAAGCAGGAAGAGGCCGAGGAAGAGCCGCGCGCAGUCUUCUGGGACAGCGCUGCUUUGCCUAAACGGAAGCUUUCUUCAAGGACAGAUGAGGCCCUGCGGGAGGUGGUGAAGCUCAUUGUGGGGCAGGUGUCCCGUGAGCAGCAGGGCCAGAGAGACGCAGAGAAGGAUCUGCAGGACCGGCUCCAGAGUGAGCUUGCAGUGCUGUGGUGGAGUCGGCCAUCCACACACGCACCUGGCCUCCUCCAUCUGCCAGGAGCGGAGCACAGACCUGCACCCCCUGCUGGACCAAAGCCAGAGAAGGCGUCACGCAGAGUGGUCCGGAGAGUCGUGGUCAGGCACGUCGACGAGGACCACGAGAGAUCCAGCAGCAGUGAGAUUCUGGAGCCAGACAUCCACUAAGUGUCACCCAACAGCUCAACGAGGACCACCUUUCACUGUUGGCGACGCUCACGGUGACACUGUUAAAGGCGUCGCCACUUUCCAUAUUACCCUUUCCCUAUACCCAAUAAACCCCAACCCCAUCCCCAAACACCGUGGGUCUUUCCUUGGUCGCCGUGAAACGCGCGCUUUACAGAGGGGGCCUUGUAAAGCCAGGUGCUCCCCUCCCCAGGGUUCCCGGGCCUGCAUUGGCAGGGCUACCCGGAGCUGCACGGGCACCACAGUGUGCUGCGAGGGUGCUGAAAUCCAAGGCAGAAACCUUGCGUGAGGAGAUGAGGAGGAAAGCCCGGUCCUCCUCCCUCCGAGCUCCAUCUCGGAGCGGGAGCUGGGAGCUGGGAGCCUUCUCUGGUGUCACCAGUGUGGCUGUGCAAUCUGCACGCUGACAGCUUUGCCCCCGGCUGCUUUGGCUGGCUUGAGGGCGGCCCCUUCCACGGACUGCCUGCAAAUGUCAUACGAAAGGAAAAGCUUGUGCUGGUGUCUUUCCUUAGCAAUUUGCAUAUAUGUAUUUAUUGGCAGAUUUCAUAUUGAACAGUAUACAAAGGUAUUGUAGGAACUUUCUUAAAAAUGUAGUGUUGUUACCAGUGACAUACUAAUUUUUACUCACUCCUACUGCUGAACAGAUUUGCUAUAUAUUUUUUAGU